AAAGUAGAACAAGAUUUGAGACAUGAGUUAUCUGCUUACUUGGAAGUUGCUUCUCAGAAGUGUCCCAAAGAUAAUACCAAUUCUAGCAAUAGUUGUUCAAGAAGAGUGAGUGGUGGUGAAUAUGUUUGUAAUGGUCAACCAUGUGUUUUUUGCACGAGCUGUAAAUGCUUGAGUUAUUGCUGGAAAAAUGAAG